AGAGAGGAGGAAGGUGGGAGAAGCCUGGAGCAGAAAGGCGGAGGGAGGAAAGGAGAGAGGGAGGGAAAGAAGAGGGCUAGGGCAGCUCCAUCAGCUCAGGCAAAUUGCAAGAGCUGCCUUCACUCCCCAAAGUGUAGAGAGGCAGGGAGCCGCGGCCAGCGGGCUCUCUGGCAGUCACCAAACUAUUUCGCCCCUUGCUACCAUCGGCUUUCUGCUCGCUCUCCUCUUCAGCAAAUAGAAACCAUCUCAGGAUAGGCUCCAACCUGACUUCCCACCCCCCCUUCUCCUCCUCCUCCUCCUCCUCCUCCUCCCCUCCCCCGCUCCUUUUGCCUCCUGGCAUCGGAUCUCAGAUUCUACUGCAGCCUGAAUCUUGCAAACAGCUCGACUGUCGGUGUGGGGGCUGCCGUCUGCUUAGCAGCGGGAAGCACUGGCAGCCCGGGGUCGUGCCCUAGGCAAAGAGAGGAAGAGAACUUGAGGUACCGGCUGCCAGAGCCCACCGCCAUCCCGUCCCCGGAGACCUCGGACACCCAGUGGGGGCUGUCGCUUCCCAGCGGUGGCAAUAACAAGGUCGGGGAGGGAAAAGUUCCUCCUACUAUUGUUGCCUCCCGUUUGGAGGAGGCGCAGUGGCUUUGCUCCCUCGGAAGUGGGAAUUGUUUUGAAUUCAGCUAGUGGAGGAGCCCGGCACGCAGGGAAGUCACCAUCUGCAAGCCUCGGAGGGUGCUCUACCCAACAGACAGGAAGACCUCUUGAGCCCAUCGCGCUUUCACCAGGAGCCCAAGACUUUGCAACGCACUUUGCAGUCCGACCUGCAACUGCUUUGAUUCUUUUCAGUUUUUUCCUUGGUUUUGGACUGAAAUCUGCUUGGCCCGGCAGCCUAAGAAGAGCCCCGGAGUGAUACUGGGAGCAUUGCGCUGCCCCCUCCCCAUCUCCUCCCAUUUCUCCUCCUCCCCCCCAUCUUCCACUUCUCUCCCUGGUACAUGAAAUCAGAUCCAAAUAAAAAGGCGACUUAAUCCCGCUGUGAUUGUGGUCUGCAGCACUCCUCCUUCCUUGCCCCCUUCUUCCCACCCCUCCUUCCUCAGUCAGUCCUGCAGCCUAAAGGAAGAAGCUCUGGAAGAAUAUAUUCGGGGGGAGGGCGAAGGGGGAGGUGUCCGCGUUAUGGCGAGGUUAAGGAAAGCCGAGCUGGCCACAGCUGGAGUUGUAUUACUUUGCCACUUUUUAAUGGACCGGUUUCGGUAUGCGGAAGGGGAGACCAUAAAUCAAACCAAUGAUGUGCAUUAUGAAGUAGUCCAUGGCUUUUCUCAUGGAGAAGAGGAGGUAGACAUCGAUUCACAUGUGUACAGCCACAGGUGGAAAAGGAACUCUGAGCCUCUCAAGUCAAUUGACACCAACCGAGCAAGUACAGGUCAAGAUUCAUCAGAACCCAGAGGCUUCACAGAUCUGCUCCUUGAUGAUGGCCAUGACAACACUACACAGAUCGAGGAGGAUACAGAUCAUAAUUACUAUAUUUCCAGGAUAUAUGGGCCAUUUGACUCUGCCAGCCGGGAUUUGUGGGUGAACAUGGACCAAAAAGAAAAAGAUAAAGUGAAGAUUCAUGGGAUUUUGUCCAAUACCCAUCGGCAAGCUGCAAGAGUGAAUCUGUCCUUCGAUUUUCCAUUUUAUGGCCAUUUUCUACGUGAAAUCACUGUGGCAACUGGGGGUUUCAUAUAUACAGGAGAAAUUGUACACCGAAUGCUAACAGCCACACAGUACAUAGCCCCUUUAAUGGCAAAUUUUGACCCCAGUGUUUCCAGAAAUUCAACCAUCAGAUAUUUUGAUAAUGGUACAGCACUCGUCGUCCAGUGGGACCACGUACAUCUCCAGGAUAAUUACAACCUAGGCAGUUUCACUUUCCAGGCUACCCUCCUCAAUGACGGGCGGAUCAUUUUUGGAUACAAAGAAAUUCCUGUGUUGGUGACCCAGAUAAGUACGACCAACCAUCCAGUGAAAGUGGGAUUGUCUGAUGCAUUUGUAGUUGUCCACAGGAUCCAACAGAUUCCCAAUGUUCGAAGGAGAACAAUUUAUGAAUACCACCGAGUGGAACUCCAGAUGGGGAAGAUUACUAAUGUUUCAGCUGUGGAGAUGACCCCACUACCUACUUGUCUCCAGUUUAAUAGCUGUGGACCUUGUGUCUCUUCUCAGAUUGGGUUCAACUGCAGCUGGUGUAGCAAACUCCAAAGAUGCUCCAGUGGAUUUGAUCGUCACCGGCAAGACUGGGUAGACAGCGGUUGCCCUGAAGAGUCCAAAGAGAAGAUGUGUGACAGCAUAGAGCCAGGUGAAACAUCUUCCCAGAAAACCACAACCCAACAAUCAACAACUACACAAUUCAGGGUUUUAACUACCACCAGAAGAAUAACUUCACCACAACUACCAACCAGCCUCCCCACAGAAGAUGAUACCAAGAUAGCUCUACAUUUAAGAGAUAAUGGAGCUUCUACUGAUGACAGUGCAGCAGAGAAAAAAGAUGGAGCUCUCCAUGCUGGUCUAAUUGUUGGAAUCCUCAUCCUUGUCCUCAUCAUAGCAACAGCCAUCCUUGUGACAGUGUACAUGUACAACCAUCCAACAUCAGCAGCCAGCAUAUUCUUCAUUGAGCGGCGUCCCAGCAGAUGGCCAGCAAUGAAGUUUCGAAGAGGCUCUGGACACCCUGCAUAUGCUGAAGUUGAACCUGUUGGUGAAAAAGAAGGUUUUAUUGUAUCAGAGCAGUGUUAAAAUUUCUGGGACAGAACACCAGUACUGGCUUACAGGUGUAAGACUUUAACUUUGCCUAUAUCUUUAAAAAAAAAUUUAAAAACAAAGAAAAAAAUAAAGGCGCCCUAAGCUGCUGUAGCCUGAACAAGGGACAAUUUCCGGAUCAGCCUUGCCCAAGAAAGCUGGGGAAGGAAAUUUGCAAAAACACCAGAUUACGCUGUGCAGUAGUUUUCUUUAAUGAAAUGACAUACAGUUCACUUAGAACAUCUCCAGCGGACUGGUCAGAACGCUGAUAUGACUGCCCAUGCUGUUGGCUUAGGUGUUGGGUUGCAUAAGAAUCAAGGGAAGAAAUAAAGCUUUAAGUUCACAAGGGUUCUAUCCCUUUUGGUUCAUAUGUUUUCUGGGGUCUCAAAGGUAAUAGGUUUUGCAAAUUGAGAAUGUUUUUAAAGGAAAAGACAGUAAGUAUUUUAAGGUGGUAGAACAAAACCAGUUCAUGCAGGCAAAAGAGUGAUUACGUGUAAAACAAGCAAUUUCCAGUCUUCAAAAAUGAGAAAUACUAGUAGCAUUUUGGUUUCAGGAUCCAUUCUCACCUGUUUAAACAAGUUCAUUACUCUAAGUGUGGGCCAUUUUCUCAAGAGGAAGGCUAAACUGUGUCUCCCACUUCUUUAGGAGACAUAUCCUCUCCAUCUAUAGGUUAUAGAGACACCACAAGUUUUAGGUGAACUUUGGCAAAGAAGCUCCCAAAGGCCACUUUGGAGAGGCAUAUCUUCUGUUUCAGGAUGUCAAAUUUGGAUUUUUUUUUUGAGAAGUAUUGCCUGCAUGGUCUUCCUAUGGAGUGAAAUGAAAGUAUAAGAUGGUCUUAGCUAAUAGAAGUAAAAGGAAACAGGAAGAGUUUCUCAGGCAUUUUGUGAAGCAAAACUAUUGAGGGAUAUCAAACACACAGGUGUGGGUUUGGGUUUGUUUUUUAUUUUUAUUUUUGCCAGGUCAAUAUUAAUGGCCUGUUUCAUUGUUGAUUCUUGCCUAAGAAGCCAUUCAAUUUCCAGCACAUAUCCCCAGUGAUUUAAAAAAAAAAAAGGAAAAUGUUUCAGAACCCUGCUGAUUCAUACAGUAAUUUUGUUUAAAGCACAUAGUAGUUGCAUAAAUAUAAAUAUAUAUAUAUAAAUAUAUUUUUGUUUAUAGCUAACACAAGGCAGGCUCUUGUGACUGUUAAGACUGCAUUUUGUCAUCUGGACAAAGAAAAUGGAUUGCAUUACUGCAUAUUUCCAUUGAGUUGUAAAAUAAUCCUUAAUAUUAGAAUAUUUUUAUGUCCCAUUGGGAAAGUGGUUCAUUCUAUUGCAGUGCCAUAUGUUUUCCUGCCUACAUGAGCCACUUUUCCACUCACAUCAACCCUUUCCUUCCCAGAUUAGGUUAAGAAGACAUUAAAAGCUCCUUAAAUGAGGCCACCAGUUAGGCUGGCCUGGUUGGAUUAACCACAAUCCAGAUUGUGAACAUCCCUACUGGAAAAGGAAUUUUAAACAUUCUUUGAGAAGGAAAAGGGUUAAUAUACACUGAACUUCUAAAGUUGAAAUUCAAAUACUGUGUGUAUAAUUCCAUUGCCAUCUUGACUUAUGAACCCUUUACAUUCUGUACAAAGUGAUUCCUGUUAAGGUACGGUGUUCAACAUUUGCAGGUUCAGGUCUCAAGUAGCACGCAUAUAUAUAGUAAGUAGCACCUUACUAACAUUUUAGAAUGUAUAGACAGCGUCUAAAUCCAAUGACUUCAAUCCACUAAUAAAUCAUGAUUCUCCUUAAUAACUGUCUUCAUGAAGUAAACCAGUACUGUUUUUUUGUAUAGCACAGUUUGCUUUUUUUUAAGUCAUCCAACAUGGCAUUUAACCUUUCUUCAUGUUACAUAACAGUCCUCUUAAAGAAUUGAGAAGCAAGUUAAAAUGAAGGUUAAGAUGACCAUCUUACAGCCAUAUGCCUUCUCGUUUUGUAUGAACUGUUCCAACACAUGCCUUGUGGGGUAGAUUUAGUUAUGUAGCAAUAACCAAAUGACUUGCCAAUUCAAGUGGUGCAACUGGUACUCUAAGAAUAUUUAAUGGUCAUGUAGACAACCUCCUUCUGAGAUGAGAUGCUCUGCUCUGGUUGCUUUUUACAAUAAAUUUGUCUUCCAAUAGCAGUAAUUAAAUAAUUCUGUUAAGCCUAUAUGUCAGUAUGAUUUCCUGUAUGUUAAUGGAGGAAUGAGAAGAUAUUCCAAAGCCCAUCAUAGCUUAUCAUCCUUUGUAUGCAUUGUAAGGAUUGAUAAUCCUGUGAAAAUUUUUCACAACUAUAAUCUGAAUUAUUCAAUUCGCCUAAAUAUGAAACAUUCAAGACAACCUUAGAGUAGAAACACAUCAGGAUUUGGAGGGGGCUGUCAGAAAGAAGUCCUCCCAGGUCACAUUGAAGAUUUAUUAUAAUUUGAUAGAAGGAUGGCAACAUUAACUGACAUCUUUUUUCUUUCAUGCUUUCUAUUUCUAUUUGUUUCUUUUUAUUCUAUACCCCUGUUCUGUGCUUGGAUUCUCCUACACAACCAAAGGAAAAUGGUGUUUUGGUGUAUAAAAUGGAAAUUGGACUUCCUAUAUAGAGAGCGUGACUGUGUUAAUAAUAUGCAUUAAUAAAUUGAUAUGUAUUGUGUGGCACACAUACCUAAUAGCCAUAGAAAUUAUAGCAAAAUAAAACAAGAGAGAAAAACACCAGUAGAGAAAAUGAAGUUGAAAUGUUACUUGAUUAUACUGUGCUACUGUAGUAUAUAGUGAGAGUUGAUGCUGUGGAUCUCAAAUAUGACUAAGGGCUAAGAAGCCUGGCAUUACUAAUUUGACUGUUGACAUCAGGACUUCUCAAGUGGAUGUUAAGCAAUUUUGACUGGCCUGCUGUAAAGCCAUAAGCUAAUUAUCUAACUCCUUUGGCCCUGCUUCCUCAUAAGGAAGAUGGAGAACAUGACAUUGCCUUGAUUAUUACAAUUGUCAUCAUACACAUUAGAAAAGAUAAAUGUGGGAAACUUCACCAAAGUCAGUUACUAAGAUGGAAAAACACUGAUAAGUUAGUACCUAUAGAAAUGUUUCUCAACCCCUUUUCCAUUUGACCAAAAUGAAUUAUUACAAUUUAAGCCUUGGAAAUAUUUCCUUUGAACAGGAGUCAAACAGGAUUGACUUACAUAUACAACACGCAAUGCUUUCUUCCUGAUGGAUAUUAACUUAAUUGGAUAAUCUUUACAGAAUGUUGACCUAUACGUACUGUACUAGCUCUAUAAAAUCUUAGAUUUUCUCAUUUAUUAUCUAAUCCAACUCCCUUAUUUUAUAACUGAGGCAGAAAUGGCCCAGAAAAGGAAAAUGUUCUGCCAUAAUUAGCUAUGGCCAGGCCUAGGGCCUAGAAGCCAGUCCAUCUGAACCCCAGUUCCCUGUAAUUUUCAUUAGAUUUUGCCAUCUACCAAUUCUGAAGGACCUGAGCUUAAACCAAUGGUUUUAUUGAGUAGACAGUUCAUCUCAAGUCUACAGUAUUUACUUCAUUGUAUUCUCUAUUGUAUCAUGCAGCAACUCUCUUGCCACAUUACUCUUUGAUAGUUUUACAAAUGAGUCUAUAUUUUAAUUAGUCUACUUGACAAAAUAAUCAGGUAUUUGUUAAUGUAGUUUCUUAGUUUUUUUUUGACUGCUUCAUCUUUGCAAAUGACUUAAACUUCUUUCGGAAGUGGUGAUAAUCUGUCUUGAUGUUAGGCCCUUUAUCUACUCCCCAGUGUUAACCAUCAGUAGCUUAAUGAGAUCAAGUUUGGGGUUUUUUCAAUGACAAUUCUUCUUCACUUUGACCUCUGUCCCAUCCGUACAUAUAUCUUGGACAAAUAUUGCAAUUGGACAAUGAACUAUUCCCACAAAUUAAAAGAAGUAGGAUAAUUAGUCGCAUUGCAUUUGGGAAAUUCUGAGGUGUUUUUAAUUUGACACAAAAAUUCCUCUUUUUAGCAUUGAUAUUCUUAUGGCUGUGAUAUAUACCUAUGAAUCACAAAAUGCUUCAGUCCCUGAAGGAUUCUUAUUUAUGGAGUCACCCAAUGGGCAACAGUAGAAUUUAUAAUGGGUUUUGAUAGACUGCAAUAUAUCACUAAUGGAAAAUUCCAUGGGAGUGGGCAUAAAAGAUAACAACAGAAAUAUGUAUGCCCAGAAAGAAGGUGAGUCAGUCAAAUGUGGUGGAAGGAAAAUAGUUGGAAAAUCCAAAUGCUUCAAUGGUAUCUCUGACACAUGAGGUCUAUUAAAAUGACCUUCAAUAUUUUGGGUUGACCCCUAUGCAAAAAUGUAUGGCAGGAUGUGGACAGGAGCUACGAAGGAUGAAAAUGUAUAUGAGUCAAUUGCAAUCAAAAACUUUGGAGAAAUACCCAACAGAUUUAUCUAACUAUCUAAGGAGUCUCUUAAAGGGGUAACAGACAGCCUCCUUACCUAGAGUAUGUGAGCAUUUAGAGAUUUUAGUAUUGAAAAUAGUACUAUAUGGUGAUAUAAUUUGCUAUGGAACAUAUUUCUUUGUACAUCUCUGUUUUAUUUAGACAACUAAGAAUAGUCUUUGAGGAAAAUAAUCCAAGUUAUCCAGAGAAGAUCUUGAAAAUUACUUGAUUGGGCUUUUCAUUCAGAAAAAUCCAGUCUUAAACACUGUGAUAAGCUUCUUUUGGUAAAGAGACACACUUCUAUAGUAGUAAGAGCGGUGACUAGGGAGUUAAGACUUGGUUUCUAGGCCUUGCUUGGUCACUGACUAAAUGUGUGAUCCUAGGCAUUACUUAGUCCUUGGAGCCUUAGUUUCCUCAUCUGUAUAAUGGGGACCAUAAAAUCUGCCUACCUCAGUAGUUUGUGAUGCAGGGGAAAGAGCAUUGGGUCUGGAGUUAGAGGGCCAAGGUUCAGAAUGUGCUUCUGCUGCCUACUACCUACAUAAACUUUGGCAAAUUGUAUAACCUAACCAGGCUUCACUUUCCUUAUCGGUUGAUUGGACUAGCUGCCCCCAAGGUCCCUUCCAACCCUAGUCUUAAAAUCCUAGAGCUGUUAUGAAUAUCCAAUUGGAUAAGGCAUGUGAAAAACGUCCUGUUAAUGGCAAAGUAUAGUACACAUAUAAGGAGAUGGCAAUCUUCUUAUUCUCAUUACAAAGACUAUUCUCCUCCAACUUAAUUCCAUUUCUAAUUGUAAUUAGUGGCAACCAAGUGAUUUUAAGCUAUCACUCGUGUACUUGGUCCCUUGUUGGGUUCUUCUUUUCAAUGAUUUGGAUUAUAAUAUUAACUUAUUGCCUCUUGGUAUCCCCAUGAUGCCCAGUUUAUUAAAUGUUUUGUUCAUCUGUGCCUGAACAGAAUUCUAAAAAUGUAGGCAGCUCUGUACAAAUAGUCUAUUGCUUUCCUUGUUUCUAAUCACAAUCCUUUGCCAGGGCUUUGAACCAUAUGCAACUUUUGAUCAUAAGUAAUCUUCUUUGCCCAAAUGUUGAACAAAUUAGAUUGCUGUCAUAUAGAACAUACAAUUCAAAUUUUCUAUCCCAUUCAAGGCAACUUAUCUGCAGCAUCUGAUUAGAGAAUUUUUAUGAAAAAUAAAAUGUCAUAGAUUGGCUGUGUCAUUUCAUCUUUACUGCCAGUGAUAGAAUAGCAUUUCCUAGGCAAAUUUAAGUAGUUACUUGUAGCAUCAUGAGAUAUGGAACUGGCAGAAACUUUCAAGAAUGCUUAAUCCAACCACCUUAUGUUGAAGAUAAGGAGACUGAGAUCACAGAGUGAAGAUUUGAAUCUGAGUCUUUUUCCCUUAAUUCCACCGGCCUUUUUCCACUCCAUCACUUAUUUUCCUUUUUAUUUGUGAUAUCAUUUCACAGUUGCUCGAGGAAUUAUGAGACUGCAGUUUAUUUGAAUCUUGCUCUUCUGAGAGAACAUUGUUUUACUUUUUUUCCACCAGUGUUUCUCUCAUGGCUUCUCAAAUUUUAUUAGCUUUAGGGUUCUUAAAAAAAUUCCAGAAGCAAAGCAGUUUUGGUAGUUUUUAGGAAUGUGAAUUAUACUCUGAAGAUCAAUAAAAGAACUCAAAGCUAAAGAAUCAAACUUUUAGGUUCACAGGUCCUCUUUCCCUUUUUUUCAGCUGUAUUUUUAAUCCAUUCCCUUCAUUAGUGCAGUGUUUGUUAUUGGUGUUCAAGGUACUGUGUCAGCCAAUUGGUUACAAUGUUCAUUUUGCAAAAUUGUAAAAGCUCUUUCAGCAAGCAAGAUCCUACACGUCCUUUUCUUCCAGCUUUAGAUGGAAUGUCCUUAUGGCUUUUACUAUUGCCUUUUAAGAAAGGUAGGGAAAUUUUCCUUUAGAGGGAGUUUUUAGUGGUUGAUUAACUUUGCUAAGUUGGAGGAUGAAGUAGAAGAAGCCAUAUAGGCAGUCUAUGUUGCUGAUGUAAUGGUUGCCCUAGACAUAAACAUUUCUCAUCAUAUAGAUUUGCUCUCUUUGACAGAGACCGUGUUUUCAUGUAUCCUUCCACAUGGGCAUUUGUAUACUAUGCCCAUUGAAGAUCUAGUCACUAUCCAUCAUCAUCGUCUGAUCCACUUGGUCCUCUGACCUUGUAACCUCAUGAAAUUUGGAAUAGCCUUGCUGUCUCAACUUUGGCUUUAUUCAGCAGUGGAACAAAGGCAAAAAAAAACUACUUCAGACAUCUCCCUUAAAAUAUUCCUUUAUAGUUCUUCCUCUUAUUUCAUGGAAGAAUUGCCCUGGGUUAAUUAUUCUGCAGAUAGAUAGUCAGAGUAGGUGGAGAUGACUGUGGUUUAAUUUUCCAGAAGUGUUUGCCCCUUUGAGCAAGAACACUGACCUUUAUGAUUAUUAUUAUGAAUGCUUAAGACAGUGUGUGUUGUGUCAUUCACAUUGUCUUAUAUCAAUGUUUUUUUUUCCCUGAUCCAUCCCACAACCCUCUCUAUUCUGACUAUCAUUAAGUAUGAUGAUUAUUAAGUAAAAUGGGAAUGAAAGAGAAUCUGUUAAAUAUGCCAGAGUGGGCUUUUGGAAAACUUCUGAGCUGCAACAAAAAAAAAUCAAGUUGAGAAGGAACAAAUAACUAUGUACAUGUGAUUGUGACAUCAUAUCCAGCUCUACGUGGACACAUUUAGUCUUUUAGUCCUUUAGCCUCACUCCCCCCAAAAAAAUAAUUACCUGAGUCUUAUUUAGGGACUUCACCUUUUGUCCAACAAAUCUAGAUUUACUGAUCAGAAAACGGUUUUAAAAAUCAGUGGAGUAAUGCAUAAAAAAACUCUGACAUAAAGAAUGAUGAUAUUCAAUUUGAUUUGCAUAAAAUUACCUCAGUGAUCCCCACCAUUCCUUUGCAGCAGCGAUUUUUUUUUAAAAAAAUGGUGCCCUCCCCUUAGUGUCUCUGUACUUAUAAUUAAUGAAUAAAUCAACAAGCAUUUGUUAAGUGCCUACUAUGAGCUAUGUACUGUGCAAAAUGUUGGGAAAGCAACCCAAUGAUUUUCCACUACCUAAGUGUAGACAAAGAAUCAUGCAGCACUAUUGAUAACAGUAUUUUACAUUUCUAUAGCAUCUGAUGGUUUGCAAAGUCCUUUACAAAUCUCUUUGGAUCCUCACAGCAAUCCUAUGAAGUAGGUACCACUAGUAUUCUCAUGUUCCUGAUGAGGAAAUGACCCAAAACAAAAGAAAUAAACAAAAAAAGACCUAGCAGUCAGUUUCUUAGAAUUCAAACUCUAGUCUUCCUGACUCAAAGUCCAUCACUUUAUCCUUUUUGUCUCCUUACUCUUAACUGUAGUAAGAUUUCAGGUAAAUUAUUAUCUCCUAUCCAGUCCCUUAACUUCCAUUACAAACACUGCAUCAUUGCCCUUUCUACUUGUGGGAAGGGGAAUGGAAGUAAGGAACAGGGUGUUAAUAAUAAUGAACAAAGCUCCUGAAGCCCUGGGUAUCAGUUUCUCCCACUUCAGCACGAUAAGCACAUGUACAGCUGGGGCCACAUCAAAGUCUGGACAAUUAGGAGAAGCUGAUAGACAGACAGUGCAUGCUAGAGGAUAUCAACCUAUCCGUGUGUCCACAAAAUAAGAGAAUAGCUGGAGGGGUGUGGAAUUUGGCAUAACACUCAUCUCUGCCUGCAGCAUGGCACCUAUACAGAUGAUGUGCCCCAUCUGCCAGACUAUGUAAUUAGGGUAGUUUGGACCUGAGGUCUAACCAAGAAUAAAUUCCCUCCCUGCCAUUGCCUUUAUCAUUUAAUAAGAACAGAUAUGGUUUUUUUCUUCUUCAUUUCACGUCACAGGAGAGUGUAAACCAGAAAUAAUUCUCCUGAAGGAAGAGAUACUGGGAAUCUGGUGCAACUCUGGGGAGGGCCUACCUUUUAUAGGCCUUCACUUGCUUCAGAAAUGUCUUUGUUGAGACCUUAUAGAACAGUGCAGCAAUCUUUACAUAGAGAAUCAUAAGGGGGGGAAGAAAGCCCAGAUUAGUAUAUUUAUAGCUCACAAUCAAGUCGUCUCAGGUGCCCUCAUUUUGACAGCACUGAAAAUGAUAUUAGGUGAAAUAAGGUCUUCCUUGCUAAAAGGCAUUCUAUUCAUUUAAGGGAUAUAAUGAAAUCUCCUCAAACAAAGUCAUUUUGUGAUGCUGGAACAUAGCACACGUGGCCUGCUUGGAGAGAGAAGCAUUUUCACUGGCUUUUAAGAAAAAAAAUCUCCAUCACUUGUCUGAAAUAGGGAAGGGGGGCACUUGGCUAGCACCUUGGAAAACUACUCUUUUCAAGGCAAAAGGAAGGGAGAAAAAGGACAGGCUUUCUGGUAUGCCAAUUGGGAUCAUGGGAAUAUUUACUGCCAGGAAUUUACGACUUUUUGUGGUAAUUCUGCCUGUAGGCAUUUGAAGCAUUAUAGUGUAAAGGGAGAAAAACUCCAACACUCCAAAGGCUGCCUGUCCUUGCCUGUCCCAGUAGAGAAUAUUCCUGCUGCAUUUCUAAGUAUAAUUACUACCCUUGUCUGGAUCAGAAAGUCAGUCAGUCAAUUACUGUUCAAUAAGUACCUACUAUGUGCCAGGCACUGAAAUAAAAUCACUACAUGGCUUCUAAAAGAGAACAGGAUGUGGGGGGGAAGGAAAUCUGACCACGUAUAACUGAGUCAAAAGUAUAUCAAAAUGAAGAACCUCAGAGUAGGACGGAAAUGUUGAGGUUUAGGGAACCAUAAUGUUGAGGUUUAGGGAACUAUAACGUUAAGGUUUAGGGAUGCUCAAGACCUCAAAAUACCAACACAUAGGGUCUUGCUUGAAUGAAUACGACCGACUUCAGCCAAAGUAAAAUAAAGUUUGUCAAAGAUUUGCCAUUAAUAGGUACUCUUAGGGAGGCUGAGCAUUUGUGACACUAAUGCCAGCGGGCCAUACUGAAUCUAAAGUAGAUUGAAUCUGAGCACCUUCAUGGAAGCAAGAUGGAUCUUAUAUACAGAAAGAUUGUGGGAGGGAUUUAGGGUGGUAUGGGACUGGGGUGACUGGGGGACUGGGGUGAGGUCCGACUCCAGACUAGGAAAUACCAGAAGGCUACCUGGAGAUGACAGACAAUGGAGAGCUGGAGUAAUUGACUUGGGUAUAAAUAUUUUAAUAGGAUCAAGAGUGAGAAAGGGCUGGAAAGCAAUCUAGAGGUAACCAGACAAUGGAGGUAGCAGAUAACAGAUUUGGGCAUGAAAAGUCAGAUCAAGUGGGAAGAUUCAGGGUGGGGUUCAAGGGGAUUCCCAUGGUCUAUAUCCCAACAGUAACCUAUACCCCAUCAGAAACAGUUGGUCAAAGAGUUUUUCACUGUCUCAAUAGGCACUGUGUCUCAUCUCAAGGACCUUGUCUUUCAAGGCAACGUAGGGCUUCCCAAAACUUAUUGAGAACAAAACUUACCAAAAUGAACAAUCUGGACUUGUACCAGUACUGUGGAUAUCAUCCUCAUUUUUCCUGCCCUGGAAAUGGAAAUGUUUCAUUCUAGGGCUACAUUCUUCAGUAACACAUGUAAUUUUUGAUUUUGCUUUUCUUGAAUUACCUGAGCCUGCAAAUGUAAAACUUUGUGUCUGAAUUUGCACUAAUGUUUGAUAGCAAAAGAGGUGUGACAUACAGGAGCCCUCUGCUUAAAUACAAGAAUAUGCAGAUAUUACAUAUUUUCUAUAAACUACUCCUGAUUGUUUUUAACUAUAAGAUUCCAUGUCUCUAAGUUUGAAUGUAUUCCAUUACGAAAAAAUGAUUUGCCACUUAUUUUUUUCUGGGGAUUUCUGUAUUGUUGCAAUAAUUCAUUAUAUUCUUUCCCCAUACAGCUUUUUUGAAACUGACUUUCUUUGCAUUUUUAAUUUUGGUUCUACUUACAGUAUGUUGAGAAUUGUUUCUUGGUGGAAAAUAUAUAAGAAAGCCAGUACGCUGACUGGGAGGGAGGCAGAAUUCAUAUUCAGAGGCCUGAGAACUAGUGAUGAUCACAUAUUCUUCUUAUUGUCUUUGUUGAUUGCUAUUUUCACAAUUAAUUUCAUUUUUCACUUUUGGUUGACGUCAGCAAAUUUGGGAUUUUAGAAGGGGAGAAGGGAGCAAUUUCUGUAACACUAUUGUCAAGUUUGACUACAUAUUAAACAAUAAAAGUGGUUUUGUUCUAAUUUUUUAAACACCUUUAGCUAUGUCUGUCAGAGCUUUUAUUUAGGAAUGAAACAAAUGACAUUCAUAGGGCACUUGAAGGAUUGCAAAAUAUCAUCAAAUACCAUCCUAUUAGAUCAUUACAUAUCAUCUAAUUCAUUCCUUAAAUCAAUCCAAUGAAGUAAGCAUGGCAAGUUACAGCAUCAGUAAACCUCAAAGUGGAAGCGACCCUGUGCAUCAUCAGGCAACAUGGUGCCACCGUAGUAUACAG